UCUCCUUCCAUCUAUUUGAAAUCGGAAUUCUCAAUAGCAUUCAUCGCCCUCUGCGUUUGCAAAACCCUAGCGGCAGCAACUGCGAUAUCAUCUUCAGCCGUCAAAGCCAACAAAUAUGAAGGUUAUCGCGGCUUACUUGUUGGCUGUUUUGGGCGGCAACGUCUCUCCUUCGGCUGAGGAUGUAAAGAAUAUCCUCGCUUCAGUGGGAGCUGAUGCCGAUGAUGACAAAGUGGAGUUGCUUUUAUCUCAAGUUAAGGGCAAGGAUAUUACCGAGCUGAUUGCUUCCGGAAGGGAAAAAUUGGCCUCAGUGCCGGCAGGGGGUGGUGCAGUUGCUGUUGCUGCACCAGCUGGGGGUGCUGGUGGUGCAGCUGCACCAGCUGCUGCCGAGCCAAAGAAAGAAGAGAAAGUUGAGGAGAAGGAAGAAUCUGACGAUGACAUGGGUUUCAGUCUCUUCGAUUAACAAGCUCUGGACUUCUAGGAAAGGGGUUUCAGUUACCGAUUCGGUUUAUUUUAACAAAAGUUUAUGUUCUCAUUAGUUUUAGUUGGAUACUUGGAAAAUUUUUUUGCCUGAAACUAAAUCGGGGCUUUCUUAAAUUUUGUUUGUGUUUUUUUUGGGACACUUUUGGUUGAACAGGUUGCAUUUUUACCAUCUAUUACUUUUGUUCUUCUAAACCCUAAUCUGCUUCGUAUGCUGUGUUGGUGUUACUAUGCUUGAUCUAUGUGUAUAUAUAUAUAUCAGAUGUUAAUUGUU